UUGACAACACAGCCUGUUUAGCCUGUUGCGCGUUCACGGGUCAUACACAACUUCGUUCCUUGGAAACGACUUCUCUGAGUGACGGUUUGUCAAGAAGUACUUAUUCGUGAGACACCUAACGUCAAAUCACGGGUUAAGUUUUUUUUAAAGACUUAAACGGAAUAAAUGCUGACUGUCGAGAUUGGCUAAGGGUGGAGGAAAUCUCUUCAUUUGUUUGCUAACAACAGGGGUUGAUUUGACUGGACUUUGAGUUGGCUGUGAAAACUAACUUCACCCAGCUAGGUUAGCUUGCUAGCUAGCUUACCUAGCUCAGCUCAGCACACAGCCGACAGCAAGCGGUAGUCUGGCUGCUCAGUUGCAGCAACAACUUAAAAGGAAGACCGUCCUUCGCUUGGAGAGACAAGGCAGUUCAAAAGAGCACAAUGCACGGAGCAAGCCCCUCUGUCUGUAGGGACCUGACAGAUAUGUGCACCGAGAGAUGAUAUGGCAGAAUAGCGUGCAAAUGUUACAACGAGGCAAUAGGCCAGGCAGGAAAUUGGUGUAAAUUGGUGUAAAGCUGAAAUAUAAGGCUUUGCUACCCAUCAGCUUGCCAGCGUGUGUGUGUGUGUGCGUGCUCGAGGUGCCUAUGGCGGAGUUUGGGGAGGACGGCAGCCUGCCUCCGUUGAAUCUUGGGGAUACGGCCGUGGCCAGCGACGAAGCAGCUGAUAAGACGCAUUGCGAAGUGUCGGUCUUGAAUGGAGACUGUGGGAUAUCAGAAAAUAUGGUCGGUUCAGGAUCCCAUGUCGCACCUGGCAGCCAAGCCGGGGUGGAAACCACUGUCGGAGUGGAUGCCAAAUCUGAAAUACCACGCAGGAGCAGCAUUAUCAAGGAUGGCUCAAGACAGCGUAAAGAAAGAAAAAAGACUGUAUCAUUCAGCAGCAUGCCCACUGAAAAGAAAAUUAGCAGUGCAAGUGACUGCAUCAGUGCAAUGGUGGAUGGCUCUGAGCUGAAGAAAGUGAGAUCCAAUUCCCGCAUUUACCACCGCUACUUUCUCCUUGAUGCCGACAUGCAGUCUUUGAGAUGGGAGCCCUCAAAGAAGGAAUCAGAAAAGGCCAAAAUUGAUGUAAAAUCCAUCAAGGAGGUUCGGACAGGGAAAAACACAGACACUUUUAGAACUAAUGGAACCUAUGAUCAGAUAUCAGAGGACUGUGCUUUCUCAAUCAUCUUUGGGGAGAACUAUGAGUCCCUGGACUUGGUGGCAAACACUGCAGAUGUAGCCAACAUAUGGGUGACAGGGCUGAGGUACCUGAUCUCCUAUGGGAAACAUACCUUGAAUAUGAUAGAGAGCAGUCAGAACAACAUGCGCUCGUCUUGGCUAGGUGAACUUUUUGAUGAGGCAGACAGUAACAGCAGCAAACAAAUAACAAUAUGUGCUGCUGUACAGCUAGUCAAAAAGUUGAACCCUGGACUUAAAAAUGUGAAAAUAGAACAGAAGUUCAAGGAGCUUCACAAAGCUAAGGACAAAGCAGGUUCCGAUGUGACAAAAGAUGAGUUCAUUGAGGUCUUUCAUGAUCUUUGCACCAGACCAGAAAUUUAUUUUCUCUUUGUUCAGUUCUCCAGUAACAAAGAAUUUCUGGAUACCAAGGACUUAAUGAUAUUUCUGGAGGCAGAGCAGGGUAUGGCACAAGUCAGUGAAGACACUAGCUUAGAGGUCAUUCAGAAAUAUGAACCAUCUAAAGAGGGCCAGCUCAAGGGUUGGCUUUCUCUUGAUGGGUUCACCAACUAUCUUAUGUCUCCAGAGUGCCAUAUAUUUGACCCGGAACAAAAAACAGUAUGCCAAGACAUGAACCAGCCCUUGUCCCACUAUUACAUCAAUGCAUCCCACAACACAUAUCUGAUAGAAGAUCAGUUCAGAGGUCCCUCUGAUGUGACCGGGUAUAUCCGUGCCCUCAAGAUGGGCUGCCGCAGUGUAGAGCUGGAUGUGUGGGAUGGGCCUGAUAAUGAACCUGUUAUUUACACUGGUCACACGAUGACAUCGCAGAUUGUUUUUCGCAGCGUCAUUGAUGUCGUCAACAAGUAUGCCUUCGUUGCAUCCGAGUUUCCACUGCUGCUGUGUUUAGAAAACCAUUGCUCCUUAAAGCAGCAGAGAGUCAUGUUUCAGCACCUAAAGAAGAUCCUUGGAGACAAGAUCCACCUAGAUCAUCCAAAACCUGAGGACUGCUACCUCCCCUCUCCCUCUGAACUGAAGGGAAAGAUCCUGCUAAAGGGUAAGAAACUGAGCACGAACUGCACUGCUUCAGAAGGUGAGGUGACAGAUGAGGACGAGGGGGCAGAGAUGUCUCAAAGGAUGAGCAUUGAGUCUGCGGAACAACAGACUAUCGCAUCCAAGAAGUUUCAGCUGUCGAAGGACCUCUCUGAUCUGGUGACCAUGUGUAAGUCUGUGGAGUUCAAAGACUUCCCAACAUCUUUCCAUAGCCAGAAGCACUGGGAACUCUGCUCUUUCAAUGAGGUCUUUGCAAGUCGCUGCGCCAGUGACUUCCCAGGUGACUUUGUGAACUACAACAAAAAGUUCCUAGCGCGAGUCUACCCUAGCCCCAUGCGGAUUGACUCCAGCAACAUGAAUCCACAAGAUUUCUGGAAGUGUGGUUGCCAGAUUGUGGCAAUGAACUACCAGACUCCUGGCCUGAUGAUGGAUUUAAACAUCGGCUGGUUCCGUCAGAAUGGGAAUUGCGGCUAUGUGCUACGUCCAGCGAUCAUGAGGGAGCAGGUUUCAUAUUUUAGUGCCAACACUAAAGAUUCAGUGCCUGGUGUGUCUCCGCAGCUCUUACACAUCAAGAUCAUCAGUGGACAAAACUUCCCAAAACCCAAAGGGUCAGGUGCCAAAGGAGACGUAGUAGACCCCUAUGUGUAUGUGGAAAUACACGGCAUUCCUGCUGACUGUGCUGAACAAAGGACUAAAACGGUCAACCAGAAUGGGGACAACCCUCUGUUUGAUGAGAGCUUUGAGUUUCAGAUAAAUCUCCCCGAGCUUGCAAUGGUGCGCUUUGUGGUGCUAGACGACGACUAUAUUGGCGAUGAAUUUAUCGGCCAAUAUACAAUCCCCGUUGAUUGUCUCCAGCCAGGAUUUCGCCAUGUACCGCUACAAUCUCUGACAGGGGAGGUUCUGCCACAUACCUUGUUGUUUGUUCAUGUGGCCAUAACCAAUCGAAGAGGAGGUGGCAAACCACACAAAAGGGGACUGUCUGUACGAAAGGGCAAGAGGAGUAGAGAGUAUGCCAGCAUGAGAGUACUAUUGAUCAAGGCUUUGGAUGAUGUCUUCAAAACAGCCAUGCUGCCACUGAGGGAGGCAACAGACCUCAGAGAAAACAUGCAGAAUGCCAUUGUGUCUUUUAAAGAGCUGUGCGGCCUUUCAGCAGUGGCUAACCUGAAGCAGUGCAUCUUGGCCCUUUCCCCUCGACUGACUGGACCUGACAACAGCCCCCUUUUGGUGUUCAACCUCAAUGACCAGUACCCUAACUUGGAGCCCCAAGGCCUGCUACCAGAGGUCCUCAAGAAAGUCGUCACCACCUACGACAUGGUGAUCCAGACCAGCAAGACUCUGCUAGAGAACUCUGACGGGGUGUAUGAGCGAAUUCUACAAACCCAAAAAGCAGCGAUGGAAUUUCACGUGAACCUCCAUGACUUGGCUGUGAAGGAAGGGUUGAAGAGCAGAAAGCUGCACAAGGCGGUGGAGAGCUUCACGUGGAACAUCACCAUACUGAAGGGUCAGGCAGACCUACUGAAGAACGCCAGGAGUGAAGUCCAGGAGAACCUCAAGCAGAUCCACUAUACUGCGCUCACCUGUAACCUGAGUAAAGGCGGACCAGUGGGCAGCUCCUCUGGCUCAGAGUCCAAGAGCAGACGCAGCCUCGAUGCCAUUCCUGAGAAGGCCAACAGGGAGGAGGAGCUCACUGAUGAGGACAACUAAAGACCCCGAGUCCUGCUCUGGCACCCACAUUCAGACCUCUACUCUGUUCCUGCCUCCUGAGCUCAAAACCCAAAGCUCGCUCUCUCCUUGAGCACUCUUUACCCUGGCAUCAUCGCUCAACACACAUACACACCAGUGUUUUUCCACAUUCCAUCGUGUACAUUCCUGUAGCCCAAGCACAGCUGUAACCUCUCAGACUUCUGCCUUGUAAUCAUCAAUAAAAUGCCACAACUACUCCAGGACACAAAUCGUACCCAAGUUCAGAUCACACAAACUUAAGAGGUUUGGAAAAUACUGUCAUUAUUUCUAAGAGCUGCACUGAAAGCAGGAAAAGCAUGAAACAUUUUAAACAUUUGCUACACAUCUGAUGCUGCCUAGGCAUUAUGUGCACACUUCAUAUAAAUACCAAAUCUUAACAUCCAGCAGAAAUAUAUAACUUUUGGGAAAAAGUUGAGGGGAUAAUAUGUAGAAAUGCUGAUGAUUAUCAGUGCCAGACAUAGAUCCUAAUUUUCCCUAGCAUAAGACUCAUAAACCUCUUCAUCUGCAUUCCUAAUGCAUUAGUUUGUUGCCCUGUCUCACAUUUCCUGGGUGAGCUGUGAGAGCCGAGUGAACUACCAGCCACGCAACCAUUUAAGACAUUGACCUACAGUUCAGAGACCGUGCGCUUCUACUCAGCAGACCGGGGUGUUACCUGAGGAGACAAAAACAGAGUCCCUGGAUUGUUGUAAGAGAUUUCUUAAAAGCACAAUUUUUUGGAGUUAUGAAUGUAACAGGACAGAGGGGACGGAAAAAGUAAAGAAAAAAAGUGGACAAAAACAUCAUGAAUGAGAGUAAAGAGCUGUUUACAAUACUGAAAUUGUCCAUGUUCUUGUCUGCCAAAAUAGUAUAAUAUACUAUGUGUAUAUAUGGAGUUACCUGUUACCUUUUUUUCUGCAGAGUGCAUCAUUUUAUUAUUGUAUAGUUGGAAAUAUAAGAUUUAUUUUAUAAAAGAUAUAUGAACAUGUCUGUCAAAAAACAAAAAGUUUUAUUUGUGUGUAGAUAUCUGAUAACGAGGGAUGUCACUAGAAAAAGUGACCUCAGCGUUUUCCCGGCAAAGAGCUCCUACAUGUUGAGACAGAAGGACUAAUAAUAGAAUGUAUUCAUACUGUUUGUGGUGCAAACAGCAAAGUCUCAAAAAUCACAACCAGCAACUGCAUAAGGAACCAUGACUAGGUGUUAACAUGCACUCAAAAACACUUUGGACGUUGACACAUUUUCAUAUUUCAGCAUUUCAUUUGGGAAUAUGUUAGGCCUUUAUUUUUGGGGCAUGGUCCUCCCAUUUUCACUAAAGAAAGCUUGAGCUAAAUCAACUUUGUGCUCAGUGUUCUACCAAAAACUAAUUUCACAGUUACUUUUAGAAGUCUACAACCCAUAAAAGGUGCCACAUUUUUCUUUUUCCCCCCCAGCUGUGCUCCCAAAUAAUUCCAUCGUUAUAUAAAAACACCCCAAUGAGAAAUCAGCUCUGACUGGUUUAAAAACUCAUUCCCUUGUUUACUUGUAAUCAUUUGGUUCAAUUAUUUUACUGAGCAGAAUGAUUGAAUACAUCUCACAGGAAACCAGCACGAUGUGCCUGGAUUGAAGACUGUGAAUGGGAGGUCAUGUACAAAAACAAAGACUGGUUUCAUUUUAAUCUUCCAGUUUUAGCUCUUAAUCGUUUAAAGAUGUGUUUCUCUGUCCAACACUCAUGAGCUUUGAUAUGUUUCAUCUUGCAGUUAGUCACUGUUCAAUGCAAAGUGCACAUCAUCCACUUAUUGUUUUGAGAUUUUGUCUGGGGAACCACUGUGCAGCACAUUUCGGAGAGCUGAAGUGGUUCCCGUCUGCCAGACAAAUCAAGCAACACUUUGUUAACCCUUUGUAAGAAUUCAAACUCAGGUCUGGUGGUUGAUAUUGACAUGUACUUCAGAGUAAUAAUAGCUUCAUAACCAUUCCUGGUGACAAAGUAGUAUUUCAUCCAGUUACCCUGUGAUUUAAUUGUGCCACAUUACUGCUAACUGAAAACUGCUGUAUCAGUUGACAAGUAGAAGAGUUUUUGUCUUUACCCACAUGCUGCUUCAAUAGUGCUCUUGCUUGCUAUUCAUUUCACAGUCCUUAUUUGUCUUUUAUUUCAAAUCUCAAAGUUAUACUUACUUUCUACUGGUUGGACAAAGAAUGCUUCAAAAUGAUCAGUAUAUGUUUGCCAUCUUUACAUGAUCUACACUCAGUUGCCACUUUAUUAGGUACACCUAGCUAAAAUUAAACCAGUCUAACACAAAGCCCUGCAAUAAGUCAUGAAGGUUACAAUGUUCAGUUUUUGUCAAAAGUGCUUUAUAGAGAUGUUGAUUCAAUUGAAUGGUCGCUUUGGAGGCUGUAGUUUGUGGUGCAGUUGAGUUGUAUUGAAUUGCACUGAGAGGUGUUUCUAAUAUUCUGUCCACCAUGUUUAUAUCAAUGAGGGUAGGAUAAAUAUUAGGAACACUUCUAAUUAUAUCCAAAUACAAUUAAACAGCACCACAAACUACAGCCUCCAAAAUGACUAUAAAGUUCAACACCUCUCUAAAACUGUUCAGACAAACCCUGAAAAUUAUAACCUUUAUGAAAGUAGAAUUUUUUGUAGGGCAGUUGUAUGAGACUACAUUAUUUUAAUUUUUUUAAUAUGUGGGCUUUACAAAAGUAGGGCUCGCAAAAGUAGGCCUCAAUGAUGUGAGAAAGAUAUUGAAUUGCCAUUUCUGACCAAUAUUGCAAUUGAGAUUUAUUGCAAUUAUUUUCUGUAAAUUAAACUACAGGCCUGUAAAUGUUUGUGCUCCACGUAAUAUUGAUUAAUUGACAACGGAUUAAGUUAGCAUUGUAUUAAUGCUAUUGUUAACAGCUGUGUACUGUAGCUGUCUGAACUAAUAGCUAGUUUUUAAGGUGAUAAGCUUAAAUCAACGAUAUGAUGCAUUGAAAAACAUGUUAGCAGAUACUAAGUUACAGGCCUGCUUUAAGUCUGUGCACAUUAGACUUAAAAAAUAAAUUUGGCCAAGUCUUGCCUUGCCAUUUUUGGGGGGCAUGUGCUUAACUUUAAUUUAGUUAAAAUAUUGAUCACCAGCAAGACAUCAAUUAUUUGAAUUUCCAAACAUAUAGUUAUUCCUGUUCUCUUGACACAAGGCAUUUGGACUGUUGAAUGAAACCCAAGCAUUUUUUAAAGUGGUCAUAUUAUGCUUUAUUGUGCAUGUAAUAGGUUUGCAAAGUGAAAAAGCCCAAAGUCCACCCCAAAGGGAGUUAACCUCUCCUACAGAAAACUGCUCCUGAACUGCUUGAAAACAGCUCGAUUGUAAUCCAGCCUUUACUUCCGUAACGCAUCUAUGUCACUAUGUAACACGCGUCAUAAUGCAUGACUUGAGCAGUUUCCACAAGUACACCUAAAGAUGAAAUUAAAAUAACAUUAGAUACUCUCCAGGCAGUCAAUGGGCAUAAAGUUGUUACUGUGAUGUAGAGACAGUGUACAGUUAAAACGUUACCUAUAUAAAUUACAAAUUAAUAACUUAACACUCUAAAACACUUGCUCCAGUCUAGGUUGUGAAGCUGGUUCGGGUUGUACUGCUGAACUGUAGUUACCAGCUGAAGCGGCUUUGUUUUGGAUCACACUGCUCGUGGACCUGCCCCACUCUGCAUUCUGAUUGGCUAGUAGUCCUUACCUAGGUACUGCGCAUGUGCAACUCCCAACAAAGAUCAAAUAGAAGUGAGAUGCCUGACUUGGUAGCGUUCAAGAAACAGGGUGAAAAGAGGUACUGCAGCAAUGUGCCGUAUGAGAAAAAUUUGGUGUUUUUUGAAAAUUAAACCAUGUUAAACCUAUUCUGGUACAACCCCAAAAUAAAAUUAUGAAACUGAAAAUGAGCAUAAUAUGACCACUUUAAAUGUUAGUCUGCAGCUCUUAUUUCCCCCCCUCAGUGCUCACUAUGUGUUGUGCUCGUUGGUUUUAAAUAUUGUCCACGCCUCCUGCAGAUCACAAGACCCACGACGACAAGACAAAAAAAAAAAGCUAUCUGAAUUUCAGUGCUGUGCCAGUCGGCGUAUUUAUAAUUGUUGUUGAGAGGAUGAAAAAAAGAAGCAUUUCAACUGUAUUCCAGUCUCAUCUCUUUAUCUGUCAAGUCCAAAAAAAUUUAAAAAAAUAAAUAAAAAUAAACACCUCCGAAUAAACAAUGUUGGAUAGA